GACUUGAGCAAGUGGGAUUAUUUUGAAAUCAGGAACACGAAAUACUUAGUAUAUGAAAACGUCAAUAAAAUUUCAACGAAACAAAUUUCAAAAAAACAAGUCUCAAUCACGUACAUAACUUUUUCGCACAUUUUCUUUCACUGGUUUGAUUUGUGCAUAUAUGGUAUACCAUCACAUGUAGGAUCACCUUCCUGACAAAGGAGCUAGCUGUAUUUUUCCUUCCUCCUGAAGAGGUAUGUUCUUCAUAGCAGUCUUGUAACAUACUCAUGUCUCGAGAAAAUGAUGAACGAAAGGUGAUCUAUCAUAAGCUCCAUAGCUCAUGAGUAUUGACGAAAGUAUUGUUUGUUUUUACAAUUAUUUAACGGGAAAGACUAAACUUCUAGAUAUUUUUAGAGUUUUUUCUUUUUUACACACACGCUAAAAGUCCGGGAAGUUAAAAAUUCUGGAAAUACAAAUAUCGUAAAUCCUCGAUUAAGUCCCCACCUUUCAAAAAAACUCCCCUAGAAUAGGUGUUUUUCUGUUGAAUGAUCCUGAUUUUGACAGUUAAAAUACAUCAACUUUACAGUUUAACGAGUGUCACUACUCAAAGAGUCACCCCUUUUCAGCCCUUGAAAAGUCUCAACCCAAAAAUUCACUUUCACAAAUAAGCCCUUGGGGUCGGGGGUUAUUCGGGGGUUGAAGGUAUUUGAAAAAUUUGUUGACCAAAAUUGAAAAAGAGGCUAGUCUAGACGAUUGUCAAGAUGGCCGAACAUCAAGGGGCGGAAGCAGUGACAGAAAAUGUGAAAAAAGAUGGGAAAAAUAAAGUUUUUCAGCAUGAUACAGGGGAGGACAUUGGUGACGAUGAUUUAUUCAAUUUCUUAGAUUUCCCUGAAGAUGUAGAAAGUGCGAUCGCAGAGGUGAUCUCAGGUAAUGACCCUUUGGAUAACAAGGACUUCAAUCCAGUUGAUUACAUCAAUAAACUCUUCCCCACAGAACAGUCAUUGGCAAACAUUGACAAUGUUAUGGGAAGAAUUCGACUCAGGAUAAGGAGGCUUGAUGGUGAAAUACGGACUGCAAUUAGGGGACAAACUGAAGUUGGGCAUGAUGGCAGACAGGCACUGGAAGAGGCAAAAAGCUCCAUUCAUGAUUUAUUUUCAAAAAUAAAAGAUAUAAAAGAAAAGGCUGAAAAGUCAGAGCAAAUGGUAAAAGAAAUAACAAGAGAUAUCAAGCAGCUUGACCACGCAAAAAGACAUCUUACAACAUCAAUUACCACGCUUAAUCAUCUACACAUUCUAGUUGGUGGCGUUGAGAAUUUAGAAUCCUUAACUCGUAAUCGACAGUAUGGAGAAGUAGCCAAUUUACUUCAAGGAGUAUUAAAUGUCCUGGACCAUUUUAAAAAGUAUUUCAGUGUUCCACAAAUUAGACAACUUGCAGAUAAAGUGACAAGUAUUCAAAAUGAAUUAGGGAAUCAAAUCCUCUCAGAUUUUAAGGAUGCUGUGUCAAUUCCAGGAAUAAAGCCUCCUGCAGGCCCGAACUCACAGCUAGCUGAUGCUUGCAAAGUAGUGGCCAUCUUGGAUCCUCGUUUCAAAGACGAUCUUUUAACUUGGUUCAUUAAACUCCAACUUGCGGAUUAUCUUAAUGUUUUCAAUGAAAACUUUGACGUGGCAUGGAUUGACAAGAUCGACCGACGAUACGCAUGGAUGAAGAGAGUUCUGAUCAAAUACGAAGAGGACUUCACUGGGACUUUCCCUAGUGACUGGUGUGUCGACGAGAGAAUAUGCAAAGAAUUCUGCAGGAUAACAAGAAAUGAAUUAUCAAAUAUAAUGGCGGCAAAAAGCACAGAUAUCGAUGUUAAGUUGCUGUUAUUUGCAAUUCAGAGGACGACAACAUUCGAAGGCUUUUUGUCGAAAAGAUUCCCUUACAGCCAUGUCAUUAAAAAGCCAGAGAUUAAGCCUGAAAAGCAACCGGGAAAUGAAGAAUCUCCUGCCACAAAGGACGCAGGCAUCAAAUCUAAAAGCCCAAAAUCCACAGAAUCAAGUUUCACAGCACUGAUAUCACGAUGCUUCGAGCCUCACCUUCAUAUUUACAUAGACUCACAGGACAAGAAUCUAUCUGAUUUGAUCGACAAAUUCAAUCAAGAUUUCAAGUCGCGGGAAGUCUCUAAGCUGGAAUCAGAUGGAGACAGUACUGUUUUGCCAAGCGCUGGUGAAUUGUUUGUUUUCUACAAGAAGUGCAUGGUGCAAUGCGCGGUAUUGAGCACCGGUACUCCAUUGCUGUCCUUAGCGAGCUUAUUCCAAAAGUUUUUGAAGGAAUACGCAAAUCGCAUAUUGACCGGCAAUCUACCAAAAGUAACUUCUGGUCUGGCAAGUAUACUAAAAGAUUCUGAAAUCAAAUUCAACGCUGAAGAAAAGCGACUGACCUGUUGUAUUUUAACUACUGCGGAGUAUUGUUUGGAAACCACUGAGCAGCUUCAAGAAAAGUUGAAGGAGAAAAUAGAUGCUGAAUUCGUUGAAAAAAUAAAUUUUGGCGCAGAAACAGAUGUUUUUCACGGGGUGAUUUCAAACAGCACACAGCUUCUCGUACAGGAUCUUGAAAAUGCAUGCGAGCCGGCACUUACUGCAAUGAUAAAGGUACAUUGGCAAAGCAUUGAGACUGUUGGUGAUCAAAGUGGCUACAUUACAGCUAUGACAACACACAUGAAGCAAGCCAUUCCCGUGAUCAGGGACAGUCUCCAGUCGUCAAGAAAAUACUUCACUCAGUUCUGCAUUAAGUUUGUUAACUCUUUCAUUCCCCGAUUCAUCAACUAUAUUUACAAAUGCAAACCUAUUUCAACGAUUGGAGCAGAACAGCUUUUACUAGACACUCACUCUUUGAAAACGGUCAUACUCGAUCUGACAUCCCUCGGUUCAAAUGUCCCAAGAAAACCGCCUGCAAGUUUCACUAAAAUUGUUGCAAAAGGAAUGUCUAAAGCAGAAAUGAUUCUCAAAGUUGUUAUGUCACCACAUGACCCACCCGGCGGUUUUGUUGAGAAUUACAUAAAGCUUUUAAACGAUUCAGACACUGCAAAUUUCCAAAAAUUGUUGGAGAUGAAGGGUCUGAAGAGAAAUGAACAACAUUCAAUGCUGGAACUAUUUAGAAGCAAAAUAUCGGUAGGAAACCCCGGAGCUGCGGAGUCGGGCUCGGGGACCCCUGAGCAGGAAUCGAGUAGAAUCAAACGAUUAGAAAAGUUGAUAAAGAAACAAAUUUUGUAA